AUGAGGAAAGUGUUAGAGAAUUUGAUCGGAAAGCCUGUUGAGCAAAGAUUUGAAGAAAUCAAGCUUGAGGAAGUCAGAGCACGACGAAAGGCUGAGAUUGAAGAAGAAAUGAAGAACAAGGGUAAAGGUGCUCAAGUUGAAGGUGUUAGUGAAGUAACUAAAAGAGCAAUCAUUCCAUCAAUAGUUUCUGAGUCACCUAUUCAAAAUUCUUGUCCUAUAUCUUCGGUUUCUGGUGUAUUUGAUGAUGAUGUAGAAAUUGAUGAUGUAGUAGAUGAUGAUGUAGAAGAUAAUGAUGAAGAGGAUGAUGAAGAAGAAGAUGAUGAUGAAGUUAAGAAAGAUGAUGCAGACGAUGUAUUUUCUGCAAGUAGUCAUGAUGAUGAUGAUGAUGAUGGGAAUGAUGAUGACGAUCAAGGUACUUCAGGCAUUAAAGUUACUGAAGCGUCGAAUGAAGAGAAUGUUGAUGAUUAUCUUCAUGAUGAUGCUAAUGAAGAACCAGAGAAUGCUGAAAGUGAGGGGGAGCAUGUUGAUGAAAGUGAAAAAUUGAUUCUACGUCUUGAACCUGAUGUAGAAGAAGGUGAAUUCAGGCAUUCUUAUACUUUAACCGAGAUCAUAAAGUUGACACACAUUGAUGAAAAUGAGUUUAAGUUUGAUUUCGAAGAAGAGUUGAACGAGUUUGACAUCAAUCAGCAGCAUGAAUAUGAAUACAAAUAUGUUGAAGAUGCUGACAACUAUGAUAGAGUUGAAGUUGAAGAUUGCAGUGAUGAAGAACAGUCUGUGAAUGUUGAUACUUCGAAUUUCCCAGCGCUUGCUGAAUUCUUCAGUCAAGCUAAUGAAGAUAAGUUGCGAAGGAAGGUGGCAGAGAGUGUGAAGAACAAAAGUUUUCAUGAAAUGUCAAAGGAAGAACAGCGCGAAGAGCGUAAGAAAUGGUUCAGGAAAGAUACCGAAAGAAAGUUUAAAUGA